GCAAACUUUAUUUUCAGAUAAAAAUGUAUGAUCUUGUGAGAUAUUAUAUUAUACCGCCGAUAUUUUUAGUUUUCUUUACAGGGGUAACCCAGGUUCUCGUCUCCCUAGGAAACCCCUACAGGCCGUUUGAGUUGAGUUCACUCUUUAAUCCUGGAACUCAAUAUUCUUGGACGGUUGUGUCAAUUUUUAUGUUUUGGGCAUUUUUAUCUCUAAAAAUUCCCUCCAAAGAGUUUCUUGGUCCGACUACUCCUGCUGGCUAUACUCCUAGGGACUUCUGUCCACCACACCAUACCUAUAUAAUAGGGACUUCUGUUGUAACUUCAUGUGAUCCUCCGUGUACAGAGUACAGAGUUUUUGUUCACCCUGACCUACCCCUGGAUAUAUUCUCUAAUUUUGGAGAUAUCGUUGCUUCACUCAAUCUAUUCUCAUUGAUUUUCUGCGCUUAUCUGCUUGUUAAAGGUCGGCUGUUUCCUGAGGUGAAUGAGGGUGCAACAGAUAAACCUUUACCUUAUCAAUUCUAUGCUGGGAUAGAACUUCAUCCGAGAUUAUUUGGAGUUGACAUAAAGCAGUGGACUAAUUGUAGGGUUGGUAUGUUAGGGUGGGCUCUUCUGGUUCUAAACUUCAGUAUAGCAUCAAGCCAGCUCAACUCAUUUAAGCUGGCUCCUUUCUCUAAUUCAGUACUAAUUAACCUUUAUCUCCUCAAAUUUUUCUACUGGGAGACUGGAUAUUUCAAUACCCUGGAUAUAACCCUAGAUCGGGCUGGAUAUUAUCUUUGUUGGGGUUGUUUAACAUGGGUCCAGGUUUUCUAUACGUUUUCAGCCUACUACCUUGUAGCACAGCCUUCCAAGGUUUCUGACUCCGGGGCGUUUGCAAUUUUUCUGUUUGGUUUAAUUUCCCUUAUUCUCAACUAUUGGGCUGAUUAUCAGAAAGAAAUCUUCAAGGCAAGGGACGGGGAGUGUACAAUCUGGGGUCGUAAAGCCAAGUUUGUUCCAGUACAGUAUAUUGCUCAUGAUGGGAAGAAGAGGAAAAGCAAGCUGUUGAUAAGUGGAUUUUGGGGAGUAUCUCGUCACCUGAAUUAUGUUUGGGAGCUUCUGCUUGCUCUUUCUUGGAGCUUACCUGGCCUUGGGAGUGGGCCUUGGACCUUCAUGUACUUCAUUUUCCUAGUAGUACUCCUAGUACAUAGAACAUUUCGAGAUGAAGAGAAGUGUUCUUCAAAGUAUGGAAAAGGAUGGACAGAGUACUGCAAGCUUGUACAGUACAGACUUAUACCGUACAUUUUUUGAAUAAAUAUAUAUAAUUAUAUUUUUAAUAAAAAAGUCAUCUGUUUAA